AUGCCGUACCCCACUCGCCAGUUCGCGGACAGGAACGUCUCGGCUAUUGGCCUUGGCUUAAUGAACCUUUCUGGGGCUUACGGUCCUGGAGGCGACGACGAGGAUCGCUUCAAGGUACUGGAUGCUGCAUUGGAAGAAGGCUGCACCUUCUGGGACUCGGCGGAUAUCUACGGCGACAACGAAGACUUGAUUGGAAAAUGGUUCAAGCGCACAGGAAAGCGCGACCAGAUCUUCCUCGCUACCAAGUUCGGCUUCACUCCGACAGGAGCGAAUGGCACGCCGGAAUAUGUGAGGACGGCAUGUGAGAAGUCGCUCAAGAGGUUGGGGAUCGAGACUAUCGAUCUCCAUUACGCCCAUCGAGCGGACCCGAAGACCCCAAUCGAGAAAACCGUUGGAGCGAUGGCCGAGCUUGUGAGGGAAGGAAAAGUCCGCCACCUCGGCCUCUCUGAGGUCAGCGCAGCCACCCUUCGGCGCGCACACGCUGUCCACCCAAUCGCUGCCUUGCAAGUUGAAUAUUCCCCUUUCUGCUUGGACAUCGAAGACGAGAAGAUUGCUCUCCUGAAGACUUGUCGCGAGCUGGGGGUGGCCAUUGUCGCUUACUCGCCUCUUGGAAGAGGUAUAUUGACAGGGACAUACAAAUCCAACGCCGACAUACCCGCUGAUGAUUGGAGAAAGGGUAUUCCGAGAUUCAACGAUGAUAACUUCCCGAACAUCCUCAAGCUCGUCGAUGGUAUACAGAACCUUGGGAAGAAACAUAACGCAACCGCCGGGCAAAUCGCCCUCGCGUGGCUGCUCGCUCAAGGGCCUGAUGUCAUCCCGAUUCCUGGGACGAGGAAAAUCAAGUACCUUAAAGAGAACUUGGACGCAGUCAAGAUUAACCUUUCCCCCGAGGAAGUUGCGGAGGUCAGGAAGAUCGCCGACGAGGCAGACGCCGCACAAGGAUUCCGCUAUCCUCCUGAGCACAUGGGUCUGCUGUUCGCGGACACUCCCGAGCUGUAG